UCUGCCGCACGUGGCUUUCGAUCACUCAAAAAAUUAUAGUCGAGGGCAGGAAUCCGACUACGAUAUGUCUGAUGGAGGACCGCGUAGAAAACCGACGUUCAACACCCUAGAACGCGAAAACCAAUUCAAGCAUCCCCCAGCUAAAGGAUCGACGUACAACAUUCUUAAUGAUUUCGUCACUCCUCACAUAGAAUCUUUCAACGCUUUGUUCGACGACUCUGGUCUGCCUAAUGGUGACGGUGACGGCAAAGGUCUGAUAUCAUUGGGUCUCAAAGACAUUGGGGAACGUGUUGUAUUCGAUGGGACAGGUACUGUCGACCCGGAAAGUGGAAAAGUGGGAUGGGGUAAUAGAAUGCGAAUUUGGAUCGAAAGUGUCUCGAUAUCCAGACCGCUCGUACCGGACCGGGCAAGCGGGGCCACAAACAAGCAGAUUUAUCCCUCAGAAGCCAGGGAACGGUUAACAUCAUAUCGUGGUCGCAUGACAAUCAAGCUUUGUUGGACCGAUAUACACGGACAAAAACAUGAACUCCCGAAAGAGUGUGGGUUAGUACCUAUCAUGGUUCGCUCUGUUCGCUGUAAUCUGCGCUCUAUGUCCUCAGCCGAACUGGUCAAGCAUCACGAAGAGCCAGAGGAAUUUGGCGGUUACUUCGUAAUCAACGGAAACGAACGUCUCAUUCGGUAUCUCAUUCUACCACGGCGAAACCAUGUUAUAUCUCUGCUUCGACCAUCAUUUAGCAACCGCGGGCUAUCGUACACCGAGUAUGCCGUACAAAUCCGUUGUGUCCGUCCCGACCAGACGAGCGUAACGAACACGCUACAUUAUCUCUCCAAUGGUAGUGCUAUGCUCAGAUUCAGCUGGCGGAAACAAGAAUAUGUUAUUCCCAUCAUGCUCGUUCUCAAGGCGCUUGUUGGCGCGUCAGACAAAGAAAUCUUUGACGGUGUCAUGAUGCAAGACCACGAGGACACAUUUCUGGCUGGUCGCGUAGAGUUGCUUCUUCGAAGUUUCAAGACAUACACCAUGCGUACGGGAGAACAGUGUCUUGACUAUCUCGGGGACAGGUUUAGGGUGGUUCUUGGGUUACCUGACGACGUGACGAACGGCGCUGCGGGUGCUUGGCUCAUCCAGAAAAUGGUACUUGUGCACCUGGAAAACCCAAGGGAUAAGUUCAGAAUGCUUCUUUUCAUGUUACGCAAACUAUACGCGUUAGUUUCAUCGUCAUGCUGCGCGGAUAACCCCGAUUCACCUCAACAUCAAGAAGUUCUCCUUCCCGGCACUCUAUAUGGGAUGAUCAUUAAAGAGCGCCUUGAUGAAAUUUUGAACAACAUCCGUAACACAAUCAACAUAGACGUCAGAAAUGGAGUGGCUGUCGACUUCAACGAUAAACGAUACUUUGGGAAAGUUUUAUCCCGCGUCAAUUUCGACAUUGGCUCACGUCUGGCUAACUUCCUUGCUACGGGUAAUCUGGUGUCACCCACUGGUCUUGACCUCCAGCAAGCGUCUGGUUUCACUAUUGUCGCUGAGAAGCUCAACUGGCAGCGCUACAUUAGUCACUUCAGAUGUAUUCACCGUGGUGCAUUCUUCGCCGAGCUCAAGACGACCACCGUACGGAAACUCCUUCCCGAGGCAUGGGGAUUUCUGUGUCCUGUCCACACACCGGAUGGUUCCCCUUGUGGCUUGUUGAACCAUCUUUCCCGAACAUGCCGUAUCGUCACCGCCCCACUUGCCGUUAACCAUAUACCCGCCCUUCUCGCCGCUCACGGCAUGACUCUCGCAUUCACGACCUCAAUAAACGGCCGUAACAACAUCUGCGUACAACUCGAUGGCCGGAUAAUCGGUUGGGCGCGGCCUCGUGUGGCAGAGCAACUUGCCAAAAACCUUCGGAUAUGGAAAACCGAGCAUCAGAACAACAUCCCGAUGGACCUCGAAAUCGGUCUUGUGCUCGAAUCGAAUGGAGGCCAGUAUCCAGGGCUAUUCUUGUUCUCGUCAAGAUCCCGUAUGAUGCGACCGGUCAAAUACCUUGCGAAUGGGCGUGAUGACCAAGUUGGAUCCUUUGAGCAGGUGUAUAUGAACAUUGCUUGCACACCGGAGGAAAUUGAGGCCGAUGUCUCAACACAUGUCGAACACAACCCGACAAAUUUCUUGUCAAUAUUGGCUAACCUUACACCUUUUUCCGAUUUUAAUCAGAGUCCUCGAAACAUCUACCAGUGUCAGAUGGGUAAACAAACGAUGGGAACACCUUCUACGGCGCUUCAGCACCGGACAGAUAACAAGCUUUACCGCCUACAGAGCGGUCAAAGUCCUGUAGUUCGUCCUGCUUUGCAUAACACCUAUGCUAUGGAUGCUUUCCCGAACGGCACAAACGCUAUAGUUGCAGUCAUAUCAUAUACCGGCUACGACAUGGAAGACGCCAUGAUUCUCAACAAAUCUGCGCAUGAACGUGGUUUUGCUUACGGAACUGUCUACAAGUCGCAGAUCGUCGACUUGAAAGAUGUCCGGGGCGCAUCAAAGUCAGCCGAACCGACACUACACUUCGGUCUCGGUCGUGAUAUUCGAAUGUAUGGCGACGAUGCGCACAGCUGCACUUCCUUCCUUAAUUCGGAUGGUCUUCCGUUCAUUGGCUGCAAGCUGUCUCCAGGUGAUCCAAUCGCAGCGUAUGUCGACGACGUGACAAACCGCACAAAGUUUGUCAAAUACAAAGGUGAUGAAAUAGCCUACGUUGACAAAAUCCGCAUCUUAGGUAACGACACGGGCGAUUCUGAGGCACAAAAAGUCCAUAUGACUCUGCGCAUAACUCGUGCUCCCGUCAUCGGAGAUAAAUUUUCCUCACGGCAUGGUCAGAAAGGUGUAUGUUCGCAAAAAUGGCCCGCUAUUGAUAUGCCAUUCAGUGAGAGUGGUAUGCAGCCCGAUGUGAUCAUCAAUCCACAUGCCUUCCCCAGUCGAAUGACGAUUGGAAUGUUAGUUGAGAGUAUGGCUGGUAAGGCCGGAGCGAUGCACGGAUUGGCACAAGAUGCAACACCGUUCAGAUUCUCGGAAGAGGACACCGCCAUCGACUACUUCGGUGAACAACUGCUUGCAGCCGGAUACAACUACUAUGGAAAUGAGCCCAUGUACUCCGGAAUAACUGGUGAAGAAUUCGCCGCGGACAUAUACAUUGGAGUCGUGUACUAUCAAAGGUUGCGACACAUGGUUCUCGAUAAAUUCCAAGUCCGUACUACCGGUCCUGUCGAUCCUCUGACUCGACAGCCUGUGAAGGGACGGAAACGUGCUGGUGGUAUACGUUUUGGAGAGAUGGAACGAGACGCCCUCAUCGCCCACGGCACAUCAUUCUUAUUGCAAGACAGACUGAUGAACUGCUCAGAUUACUCAACAGCGUGGGUGUGUCGAACUUGUGGCAGCCUCAUAUCGUUGGGAUAUGAUGAUAUCAGUCUUGGUGAAGUUUCAAUUACGUCAGGGUCGCUAAAACCUACAGGACCUGGCGGGGAAUAUUGUAGAGUCUGUCGUGCGGCCGCAGAAAAGGAGGAGGAACGGGACCGUCAGGCGCUUGCCACAGGCCGCAAGCCCCAAAAGCCGCAGACUGACGUUAGAGUAUCCAUACCGUCACAAAACGUGCUCAAUCGGGCCAUGAAGGGUGGGGAUUUAGACGUUGUGGCGGUUCCAUACGUGUUUAGGUAUCUAUGUGCUGAGCUUGCCUCCAUGGGUAUUGCAGUGGCACUUGACGUUGCAUAAAAUUACAUUCGAUAUUAUGUUAAUCAUGACCCACAUGUUUUCUUGCAUCAUGAUCUCUUGUUCCUUAUACAUACACUUUGGAUUCCACAUUAUAU